AUGGUCGCCUCACACAUCCAUCCUCCACCCCCUCUUUCUCCUCCUCUUCCUCAUCUCGUCAUUGCCGGAUCCGCCGCUGUAGCACCGACCAUUGCUCUGCACGAAGCGCGUCUCCGAGAACAACAGCAACAGCAACAAGCUUCUUCGCGAUCGCUAGAAGAAGGUGUGGAACUCGACGACUUUGAAGAUUUACCCAUCGACAACGCAUACGAACACGGCAACGACAUCAUCAACAACAACGAUUCGACUUCGAUGCCCGGCAAAAAAGGCAAGAAGGCGACUUCUUCUUCCCUCGCGGAAUUGCCCAACGGCAGCACGACCAGCGUCAACAACACCAAGGACGAGAUGAAUGGCGGGGCCUUUCAUGAGCGGCGGAAACAUCCCAGCACGGUGGAGGUGGUGGAUGAUGAUUCGGCGGAUGCACGCGAUCGAUUGAUGGGACGGGACACCUUCUCCCUCGACCAGGCAGAUGGCGGCGAGGAGAGCAGUAAAGGCUUCUGGGAACUUCCCGAGCAGGAUCGAAGAAAUUUCUUGCUACUCGUCCUGCUGUAUUUCUUGCAGGGAAUCCCCAUGGGCCUGGCGGGCGGCAGUGUGCCCUUUCUGUUGAAGAGCCAUUUGAGUUAUAGUCAGAUUGGAGUCUAUUCCCUCGCCAGUUAUCCCUACUCGCUCAAGUUGCUGUGGAGUCCCAUCGUCGAUGCGUGGUGGAGUGCCAAGGUGGGGCGGAGGAAGAGUUGGAUCCUGCCCAUUCAGAUGUUGAGUGGGUUUGGGAUGUUGUGGUUGGGUGCCAGUGCGCAGCAGAUGAUGGAAAAGGCGGGCGAGGACAAUGGUGCCGGCAUCUGGGGAUUCACCGGCUGGUGGUUCGCUUUGGUCUUUAUGUGUGCGACGCAGGAUAUUGCCGUCGACGGAUGGGCAUUGACAUUACUCUCUCCCUCCAACCUUUCUUACGCCUCCACCGCCCAGACGGUCGGACUCACGGCCGGGCAAUUCUUGUCCUACACCGUCUUCCUCGCCUUCCAAUCCCCGGACUUCGCCAACAAAUACUUCCGCACCACUCCGCAAGAUGUCGGCUUGAUGACGUUGAAUUCCUAUSUGACCUUCUGGGGAUGGAUGUACAUAGCCGUGACGCUGGGGCUGGCGGUGAUGAAAAAGGAAAACUUCACGCGAGAAAAGGAAGGGGUGUGGGAAGUGUACAAGACCAUGGGCGGAAUCCUCAAGCUGCGCAACAUUCAAACCUUCAUCGUCAUCCAUCUCAUCGCCAAAAUCGGCUUCCAGGCCAACGACGCCGUCACCAACCUCAAACUCCUCGACAAAGGCUUCUCCCAGGAAGACCUCGCCCUGACCGUCCUCAUCGACUUUCCCUUUGAAAUCAUGCUGGGCUACUACGCCGGCAAGUGGAGUGAACAGUACAAACCCGUCCGCGUCUGGUGCUGGGCUUUUGUCGGAAGACUCAUCGCUGCCAUCACCGCCCAACUCGUGGUAACCUUCUUCCCGCCCUCGGGAACAACCACCUCCUACCUCCUCGUCAUCAUCGUACAGCACGUCUACUCCACCUUCACAAGCACCGUCAUGUUCGUCGCCAUUUCCGCCUUCCACGCCAAGAUUUCCGACCCGGCGAUCGGCGGAACCUACAUGACACUUCUCGCUACUGUCAGCAAUCUCGGUGGCACAUUCCCCCGCUUCUUCGUCCUCAAAUUCGUCGACAUCUUCACCAAAGCCACGUGCCAUCCAGCCGUGGACCCUUCCAAAACAAUCCUCUCCUCCCUCAAGGGAGACCUCAUCACGCAGGCUUUCAGCUGUGUGCAAGAAGCGGAGAAGCAUCGAUGCAUCAACGGUGGAGGCGCAUGUGUGAUUGAACGGGAUGGAUAUUACAUCGUCAAUAUCCUGUGUGUGGUGUUUGGCGUCGUGACGUUUUGGGGAUUCAUCAAACCUCGAGCACUGGGCUUGCAGGCGCUACCGAUGAGGGCGUGGAGGUUGAGUGCGUAG